AUGAAUAAUUUAAACUAACUGUAAAUUUAUAAAUUGAUAUAAUCCAACACAUCAUUCAAUUUGGAAUAUUACACCAAUUUCUCACUUAUUAGUAGUUAAAAAUUAUUAAAAUUACAAAAAUAGUAUUAAAAUCAGUAUGAUUAAAUUCUUGAAGGUGAUUAAUAAUAUGAAAUAGCCCUGAUGAAUUCUUAAAUACAAAUAAUACGUUAGAAUUUCAUUUAUAAUUCACAGCUAGAAGGAAAAAUAAUUGAUAAUUACCAAAUGCCAUAUCCUACACCUAGUUCCUAGGUAAAUUCCUUAGUGCUAAUAUAUCAGCCUUCACUUCUACUUUCUUGCCAUUAGAAUGGUGAUAUAUUAUUUUAUGAUACGUCAUCAGGAAUUGAUUUUAAAUUAAUAAAUAAAAUAUAAAAUUAAUAGGCUUAAUGCUUAUAAAUUGGAAGGUUUAACAAUAAUUAUGUAGUGGUAUAGAUGAGUGACUCAAUUUUGUUGAUUGAUCCUUAUUUAUAAUAAGUGAUAAAUUCAAAUAAAAAUUUAAAUAAUAUUAAUUCACUCUCUAUUAAUUAUGAUAAGGUUGCAAUCAGUUAUAAUAACUGUAUAAUUAUUCUUUCCCCAAUUUUUUAAUAAUUAUUUAAUUUGUGCGAUGACUCUUAUUUUUUAAACGUUUAGAGUGUUUUCUUAAAUAAUGACCUGAAAUUAUAUGUCCAAACAAGUUAAGCUAUUUCAAUUUACUAAACAAUUAUUUAAUAAUCUUCAUAAUAAUAAGAAUCAUCAUCCUAAUCAGUAAUAUAAAUAAACUCGAUAACAUUAAAAAGCAGUAUCACAUACUUUAAUUGCAUUGUUUUAUUUAAAUCUGACUAAGACAAAAUAAAUAAUAUUUACUCUAUAGAUGAAAUAGUAAUUUAUGACAGUUAAUUUAGCUUUAGUAUUUUUGAUUCUUCUCUACAAUUAAUUCAUAAAGUUUCAAAUAUUGCUUUAAGUUCAGUAAAUUAAGCAAAAAGGGUAGUGAAUGACAAUACUGCUUACUUUUUAAUAGGAUACUCAAAGUCUGCAAAUCCUGUUGUGAGAAUACAUGGAAUAACAAAGACAUCUGAAGUUUCUUUUGCCAACGAUUUCACAUUUUAAUAUUCCCCAUUUAUUGAUGAUCCUAUAAAAAACGUUAACUAAGCAGGAAAAGUAUAUUACCAUGUUAAACAUAUAAUGCAAUUAAAUUUUUUUAGUUUGCACGAAGAAUAUCAAAUGGACUUUGAUAGAAAUAUUACAUAUACUUGUGGACAUGAUUAUAUCUAUGGAGCAACCUAAACAACUUAAGUUAAGUUACAGAUUGGUUCAAGUAAUAAUUAUUUGGACUAUGUUGGAACUUAGUAAGGUUUGUCGGGAGCCUUAAAGUAUUAGCUAAAAAGAUAUGAAAUUUUAAGUACAUCAAACAUUUUUUCUGGUAGUCACAGUAAUGACCAAAUAUAAUAAGUAUUAUAAAGUACAAAUUUGUAUAUGUAUUUUGUCAUUACUAGCUAUUAAAUAUCUUCAUUCAAUUUAUUUACUAACCAGUUUAUUGAAUUGCUUUCUCCUUAAUUAUCUAGUGAUCCUCCAUUCACUUCAAUCUCAGAAAUAUUAAUCUUAAAAAGCAUAAUUUGCUGGAAUAGUAAUCAAAUUCUUCUGUCUACAUAUGGAAGUAUAAAUUAGAAGUAUUAUUUUAAGGGAUUUUCACAAAUUAAUGGAUGGGUAUUUGAUGAUGUAAAUAAUUAUUUCUUCAUUUAUGGUUCUAGUUUAGCAAAAUUAGAUACUAAACUUAAAUAUUUGUUAAAUAUUUCAAAUGAAUCAUAAAAUCUUAACUUUAUUGUAUGUCAUAAUACUUAAAAUACAAUUAUUUGCAGUAAUUCUCCUUCUUAGUUCUCAAUUAUUGAUAAAAAAAAAAAUACAAUACAAAUUGUUCAAGUUAAUGGAUUCUAAAGUUAAUUUAAAAUAGGAUUAGAUGAAGCUUAAUAAAAUAUUUAUCUCUAUGAUACUUAAGUCUAUAUUUAUAAUUUGCAAGGUGUUUUUAACUAAGUGAUUUCUCUUAAUGCCAACACUCUGAACACUUUCGAAGUACAAACUGCUUAUGUAAUUUUUUCCUCUUAUUAAUAUAUGGCUUUUUUAGAUAGAAAGAGUUUUUCACUUGAAAGCUAAAUUGUAGCACCUUCUGGGUUGAGUAUUUUGAAAUAUAUUUACUUAAAAGAACUAUCAGAAAUAAUGCUCUAUUGUAAUAAUUCUCUUUUUGCAUAAAUAUAUAUAUAUAGUAUACCUUCUGGUACUUUAGCUGGUAAAAUUUCAGGGGUAUUUUCUUGGAAUAAAGUAGGAGUUGUUAUAGAUAUGGCCUAUGAUUCAGAUCAAACAAAAGUUCUUUACUUAGAUGACACUGGAAAUUUUUAUAUUUAUGAACUAUAUAAUGAAUAUACUCUACUUAACAAUUACAAAUUUACAGAAAUUUAUGACAGGAAUGAAUCUCUUCUUGGUUUUACUUUUAAUAGGGAGUAUAAUAAUAUUUUUGUAUAUAGCAAAACUUCUAUAUAUCAAAUAAAUUAUAGUAAAACUGGAGUUAAAUAUGAAUUUGGAUUAAAAGAACCUUGGAACUUAUUUACCUCUAUUCCAAUUAGUUAGUAUGAAACUUAAUUUAUAGUAGUUAAUAAUAAUAACAACAUUUUUAAAUAUAAAAAUCUUACUAUGUAAUAUGAAAAUACUUUAAACUAAUAGCCAAUAGAUGUUGUUUAUGAUCCUUCUUUGGAUGUCUUAGUUUACGCAUUUUCAAAUCAUCUUAGUUUCACCUUUGAAUUAAAUCAAUAUAGAGAUAUUUUACUUGUUGGAUUUAGUAAUGGAUAAUUACUUUAGUAUAGUUUAAAUAAUUAAUAUUCUAAAUACUAUACUAUUUCUGAUACAUAAGCAAUAAGCAUAUCUGUAAUCAAGAUAAUAAUAGAUGAUGAUAAUUAAUAAUAACAAUAGGCAAUAGCUGUUACAAAUGGAGGUUAAGCAAUUUUAAUAGACCUUAAUAAUAACUUGCUAAUUAAAAAAAUUGAUCUAAUUAGUUUGGUUAAUGAAGACAAUUAAGUAAAUCUGUAAGGUUUAAUUUAUGAUAAAGUAUACUCAAGGUAUAUUUUCUAUUUUAGUGGUUAAAAGAAGGCUUACGUUUGGAAUUUCAUGUCUAACUAACAAGAAAAUUUCUUGAUGCUGCCUAAUGAUUAAGCAAAUAAUAUAAAAUAAACAAACUUGUGGAUUUUGACUUCAUGCUAUUAUCAAAUAAAUGUAUAUUCUAAGGCGAAAAAUAUUUAACUGUUUAAUAUAAUAAAAAGAAAUAUUUUUCGUGAUUCCAUUAUGGAUUAUUAAGUUAUAAAUGACAAUUAGAUAAUCAUACUUCUCUAAAGUAGGUUUGAGAUAUUUUUAAUUCAAGAAAGUAAAAGCAUGUUAAUUUAUCAAUAGCAAUCUGUAUAUCCUAGAUUUUUAGGAUAUAUCUAUAAUUAAGUAAAAAAUUUUUUAAAAAUUUAUAUGCUUGAUUCAACUAAAUUAUACGAAGCAAAUAUAAGCUUAGGAAUUUAUGAAGAUAAUACAGUAACAUAGUGCGCAAGCAUAAUAAUUACAUCUCCCUAAAAUUAAACAGAUAAUAACUUAAUUUUAGCAUAAGAUACUUUCUAAAACAUAUAAUAAUAAAUUCUUUAUCUAAGUAACUAUAGCUUAGUUUUUUAAAACAGCAAUUAAACACAAUCAAUUUCUAUGAAUUAAAAUAUCUAAAAGAUCAUUUGUAAUUACACUCAAAAUAACUAGCAAAUAACCCUUAUGGAUGAUAUUUUAUAAUUUGAAUCAUUUAUUUCUAAUAACAAUUCACUGAAUAGCUAACCAAUUUAUGAAAUUAGAAGCUCUAUUGUUGAAAUUAAUAACCUAACACAUUCUUAAAAUUAAGGUAAUUUUAUGAUCAGCUUAUCAAAUCAGGUUAAGAUUUCUAAUAGCUAAUUUAUAUAAAAUUAUGCUUAAAAUGGAGGGGCAAUAUAUUUUUAAGGAAUCCUUUCAUAAAUUUAAAUAAAUUCAUCUUAAUUUUUUGGUAAUUAAGCAAAUAGUAGUGGAGGUGCUAUUUAUAUGGAGGAUAUUGGUUCAUGCGAAGUUAUAUUUAAUGCUAAUAGUACAGUCUAAAAUAACACAGCAUUAAUAGGAGGAGGAAUAAGAAUAGUAAAGAAAAACGCAGAUAAACUUAUUCUACCAUAAAAAUACCCAUUUUAGCACAAUGUUUUCAACAACAAAGCAGAGAUUUAUGGUGAUGAUUCAACUACUUAUUUAUAAAAUUUAAUUUUUCAAAAUUAUAAGAUACCAGAUGAAUAAGCAUCUUAUAAUUUUAGCUUUAGUGAUAAUUAAAAUGAUGUACCUCUUAACUAUUAAUCUCAAUACUAAAAAUCCAUUUCAAUAAGUAAUUUCUAAAGUGGAGGUUAUCUUGUUUUAAGAAUUUACAUCGUUGAUAAUUACAAUAGAUAUCUUUCUUUUUCUAAAGAAUACCUAACUCAAGGACUUUAUCCAUAAGAAGUAGAGUUAGAAUUAAAAGGUAUUGAAGUUUUGAUUGAUAACUUAAACAAUUAAUAGACUUAAUUGAUAGGUGAAAAAAUAUUAAAUUACAAUUAAUAUGAUACUAACAGCAAAAGCUAUGAACUUACUGGGUUAUCAAUAUAUGGUAAACUAGAAACAUAACAAAUAUUUUCUAUAAGUUCUAGUGUAUUCUCUUUAUCGUAAAACUAAAAAACUAUACUAAUGUAAAUUUAAUUUAGGAAAUGCUUAUUAGGUGAAAUAAUAGAGGAACAAACAACCCAAAUAAGUAUCUGUAAAUAAUGUUAUGUAGGUUCAUAUCAGCUAAUAGAUCCUUAAACUUUAUUACAGCAGUCACUAAUUAAAUAACAAGAUACAGUAAAAAAUUAAUGUAAUUAUUGUCCUUUAUCUGCUAGCUUUUGCUAGGGAUCGAUAAUAAUUCUUAAAAAUGAUUAUUGGAGAAGUGGUAAUAAUUCAGAUGAAAUAUUAGAAUGCAAUACCUACACAAAUUCUUGUCAAGCAGAAAAUCCUUAGAGCUUUGAAGGAUGUGUUUAAGGAUAUAUAGGUCCACUUUGUGAAUAAUGUGAUAUAACAGGAGAAAUCUGGGAAAGUGGAAGAUAUACUUAACAAAUAAAUCUUGGAUUUUUGUUCAUAAAUUAGUUUCUUUACUCAUAGACUUGCUACUAUUUAAGGGCUAUGAAAAUGUUCCCUAUUUCUAAAAAUUCUGUGAAAGAUUACUCAGGAUUUUAUAUUAAAAUAAUAGUAAACUAUCUUUAGUUGUCAUCUCUUUUAAUUUAACAACCCUAAAUUAUUCCUGCUAGCUUUGAUGCACUUGGUAAUUUUAUUGGUAAAUCUAAUAAAUAAGUAAGUUUAGGUAUAGAUUGUAUGAUAAGUAAAGAUGCAUUCAAUAAUUUAGGCAAAGUAGUUAUUUAUGCUUUAAUUUAAAGCUUAAUUCCCUUGGUUUUUAUAGUUUUUAUGUGUAUUUCGCUAUUUGUGAUAUAACAGAUACGCUAAAAAUGGAUCAAAAAAUAUCACUACUGGACUCUGUUUUAAAUAUUGUAUAUAUUCUUUCAGCUAGAGCAAAUAUAAUACUUUUCUAACUCUUUAACUUGUAGAUAAAUAGGUUCACAGAAAUAUAAUCCUAAUGAUUUAACUUAAUUAUGCGAAUAAGAGCACAUAUAAGUUUUCAUUAAACCAUUUUCAUUAAUAAUUUUAUUUGGAUGGUCUAUAAUGCCUUUGACAUUUUUAUAUUAGCUCUAUAAGAAAAAAAAUAAAUUAGAUGAAUGUCAUACAAAAUAUAGUUUUGGUUUCUUUUAUGGUGAAUUGAAGAGCAAAUAUUACUUCUGGGAGUUUGUUAGAAUGUACCUAAAAGUUACUCUAGUCUAUCUACAUAUUUUUUUGUCUAAUUCAUUGUUAAACUUUUCUGAAGUUUUAGUUAUAGUGAUUGUUGGAGCUUACAUAAUAGCUGUUUUUUAUUUUUAACCUUUUGUCUCUAAAUAAAUUUCUAAAAGUGAAAUUAUAGCUUAUGCUUUUAUAAUUUUGAAAAUUCUCUUAAAAAUUCUUGCAUAAGAUUUGAACUCUAGUCAAUUUAUUAUUGAAUUAUCUAUUUUAAUAAUUGACUAUAUAUUAUUUGUUUCAUUAAUAGGCAUAAUUUUAAUAAAUAAAAUUUAAAACUAGUAAUCUAUUUUAGGUAAAGUUUUGAUAGCAAUUAUUUUCAAAAUUCUACCUACCAGUAUUGCAAAAAAAGCCAUUAAUUUUAGAAAAGUCAGUCUUAAAGCAUACUUUAGAUGGAAAUUUAUAAGGUCAAAUAUAUAUUGUAUAAUCUAACAAAAGGCCAACCAAAACAUUGAUAAUAUUAAGGAUAAAUUUACUAAUGGUAGUAAAUAAUCUUAGAAUCAGUAAUAAUCACAUCUUGUUUAUUUUUAAAAUAGUAGCAUAAAUACUAACUGCUAUUCAUAGUAAUCUAGCCCUAAAUAAUUAAUAGAUAAUCUAAAAAAGAAAAGAAAUUUUCAAAUAUAGGACAAUAAUUAUCCAAAUUAAUAGAUUAAUUUAGAUUAUGUAAACGAAGACUAAGACUAGAGUUAAGGAGAUGACUAAACAGAGUAAUUAGAUCCAAAAAAAGUUUAAUAAUAUAAUUUUUAGACAAGACCUUCAGUCUAUAAUCCAUAAAUAAAUAUAGAUCUAUUUAUAUGA